GCUUCAUCGUGCUAUCCCCCUGGUCCACCAUCCACCAGAUACCGUUCUCCCUUUGCGCUACCCUCUAAAAUUCAACUUCUCUCGAUCCAAUUGCAUUCACUAUUUGCCUCUACAAGUCCCCUCACGAAACGCGUCAAUGUUACGGUCCUCUACCCCUGUCCUCCGGGCUAUUCUCGCUAGCCGGAGUGUUGUCGUCCCGUCAAGACAAUUUACUCGGAAAAUGACCCAAAACUCUGUUCAGGGAGGCAGCAACGCUUCUGCUGGCCACGCGAACCAUGGGAAGAAGAGCAGCGACACGGCAUGGCUUGUUGUAUCUAUCGCUGUGACUGUUCCAAGUGCCCUAUAUCUUCUCUACUCUUCUCCGGCAAAGAAGUCCGACUAUCAUGCCUCCGGUCACCACUCUAGUACCUCUACUCUGGAAGACAAAGGAGGCGCUUUGUCCGGUGGAGAAACCGCCAAUUCGCAGAUGGAUCACGCAGCCGAGUCUGUUUCUUUAGCAGCUGAGGAUACCCGCGAGCAGGCCAAUGAGAGGCUUGGCGAGAUAGGAGAGAAGGCUGGUGAAUUGUACGGAGGCGCGAAAGACCGAGCGGAAACAAGCAUCAUGAGUGCUACUGACAAGACCGCUUAUGUAAAAGAGGAGGCUGGUGAAGUACCUGAACCUACGACAGAGGGAUCCAAAAACAGGACUCAUGAGGAUGACAAGGGCAGCCAGGAAGUUUCUGGAAAGCCUGACCAAGACGGGGAGAAGGAUUUGGAUGACAGUCGGGGCCGAGAGGGCGCUGAUACCCCAAAAGAACCAGUUGACGAGAGAAGGAAGGCAGAAAAAACUGACGGUGAUUCUAAAUCAUCGGAAACUCUAUCCAACCUAAAAAAGAAGCAAAACCCAUCAAAGACACCCUCACAAGUUGAUCCUCCAGCCACGGGAAUGAAAGAUGCACCCAGCACCGACAAGAGGAGCGGAAAACAAGAAGGCUCCGACAACGGUGACGCUCCCCACGCAGUAAGGACAUGCCCACAGCCCGACGUAACGUGCCUCUAUUAAUUCUGAGUAGGUAUUACGUGGUGAGCGGGGAGACGCAAUUAGCAAGAAACCCGAAGGACCACACCAGACAACAAAAUUAAAAGAAACCGUUGAUCCCAAGA